AACAACCCUAGAACAUAGACAAUUUUUCCUUUCCUUUCACUUGAAAGGAUUUAAAGAAGAAAGAAAAUGGCAGAGGCUUAAAGUUAAUAUUCAGGAUGAAUGAUGAGAAUUCAGAUACGAAGACAGAAGAUGAACUGCAGUCCUUACUUCUCAGUGGUAAAAAUGAAAAUACCCGUGCAUACAACCCAAAUUCCCCACAUACACAGAAGUCCUCGGCUGAUAAUGUGAGUUGGACCUCUGCCAACCCAGAUGACAUGGUGGUUGAUUAUGACACCAGCUCUGCCGUGGACAUUGAUGAAACUAUUGCUUUAACUCCUCAGUGUGUUGACGUGCUUCAUCACCAAAAGUCGUCAAGGGAGUUGAUUAGGAAGGAGGUGUUAGACAUCCAUAAAGACUCCGCACGUCAUUCUUGUGUGCAUGUUGUACAUACAGAGGAACCAAAGUAUCUGCCGAACAGUUGUCCUUCCCUAGAACCAUUACAGGACCAGAGUGCUGAGACAUCACUGCCUUUCGUGUGGAAACCCAACGAUGAUGAUUUGAACUCUUCAGACUAUCUUACUGCCUUGGAGCUAAACCAAACAUUUGACAUGACGGUGGAUGAUGUUAACUGCACGUUUGUAACACAUCAUGCCAUCAGUAAGAGUCAGUCUUUGCAUACCACUGGGAAUCUGCAGCCGACUGGCAUGAGGAGUGGAAAUCCAUCUUUAUCCUGUUUGAUUCAUACACCUCCCCAUUCUGAUAAGAUACAUAUGAGAGAAGUGAAUUACAAACAAGACAGCUUUGAAAACCCUCAAGCCACAGUAGCAGAGGCCCAAGAUACAACUUACACAGCAUUUCCUGAUGUGAUGCAAAUUGAUACUGUUGUUCCAGAUCUUGUUAUUGAAUGUCAAUAUUCUUCAGGACAGGUCACCAGUGACUACACAGAUGGGUCACAGCGAGGAUUAGUUGGAGAAAAAGAGAUACAAGCCCCAGCGCCAGUUUCUGAGGGCGUGGAUGUUCCCAAUGGGGCUGUAUUACAAGAGCUCUUUUGUUUAUCUAAAGAUGAACCACAUAGUGAGACACAUUCACAGGGCUCAUAUAGGCAAAAGGAAAUGGGCCAAAAUCUGAGAGAAACAGUGUCCAAUUGUCUUAUAGAUGAUGAAUGCCCUUUACUGGUGCCAGCUUUUGAUAAAAGCGAAGCCCAAGUGCUGAACCCAGAACAUGAAGUCACAGUGGCUGGAGAUACACAUGAUGCGUCUCAGAAAAAGGACUUGGAAACCCAAAAUCGUACAAUAGAAUUGAUACUGACUAGCCCACUGGGCCAGAAGAUGGCUUCAUCAGUCGAACUGAGUUGGGAUGCAACAGAUAUGGCCAUUAACACGAAUCAUACUGUUUGCAUGUCAACACCAGUCCUACAGCCCCCCAGAGCAACACUUUCUAUUUCACCUAUUGAAGUGGCAGGGAAAUGUAGUAAAGUGGAGAAGAGUCAUCAAGAGCUUAGAAAUGUACCAAACUUGAAGGGGGCACCUAUGAACAUGUGUAAACCUAACCUAGGAAAAUUAACAACUAAAAUGAAUACUCCUAUAGGCAGCAAAGUUAGAAAAACUGAAAUUAUUAGUUACCCAAGACCAAACUUCAAGAAUGUCAAAGCUAAAGUUAUGUCUAGACCAGCAUUACAGCCCAAAGACCCUGCUCUAUCAAAGGUCACCCCCAGACCUCAGUUAACCUCAUCACCCUUGUCUGUUUCUUCAAGACAGUUGACAGCUUUGAGCAAAACACCAAGGUCUGACUUGAAUGCAGAUACAAAAGCCGAAAUCCUAAUUAACAAGACGCAUAAGCAGCAAUUUAAUAAACUCAUUACUAGCCAGGCUGUGCAUGUUACAACUCAUUCUAAAAAUGCUUCACACAAGGUUCCAAGAACAACAUCUGCCAUGAAAUCGAAUCAGGAAGAUGUUGACAAAGCAAGUUCUAAUUCAGCAUGUGAGACCGGGUCCGUGGCUACCUUUUUUCACAAGAUGAAAGGCAUAGUCCCUGUUAAAAUGGAAAGCGAAGAAUGCUUGGAAAUAACAUAUGCUUCCGACAUCGAUAGGAUUAGCCCUGAAAAGAAGGGUGAAAAAGAAAAUGAGACACCUAUGGAAAAUCAAGAGCUAAAAAAGGAAAUCAUGAAUGAGACCUUUGAAUAUGGUUCUCUGUUUUUGGGUUCUGCUUCAAAAACUGCAGUCACCUCAGGUAGGAAUAUUGCCAAGCCUGACUCCUCCAAUUCGAGGAAAACACCUGGUUCAAAAGCCAAAGUGGGUCCUUCUGUUUCCUGUUUGAGGCGGAAUAGUGACAGUAGGAAUCUCACUUCUGAUCGGGCCUUAUCUCCCCAGAGGAUCAGGCGUGUGUCCAGUUCUGGAAAACCUACAUCCUUGAAAAAUACACAGCCGUCUCGGGUGAAUUUGCAUAGACCGCUUCCUAAAUGCAAAGCAUCUUUGAAAAGUUCUGCGCUGAGGAGGACAGGAAGCGCUUCCUCUAUUGCCAGCGCCCACAGCGAGCUGAGCACUUACAGCAGUAACUCCGGGAAUGCCACUGUCAUCAAGUAUGAGGAAAAACCUCCCAAACCAGUAUUUCAGAAUGGUUCCUCAGGAUCUUUAUAUUUGAAGCCUUUGGUUCCCAGAGCUCAUGCCCACUUACUAAAAACGCCUCCAAAAGGUCCAUCAAGAAAAAAUCUGUUCACAGCUUUUAAUGUGGUUGAAAAGGGCAGACAAAAGAAUCCCAGAAGUUUGUGUAUCCAGACGCAGACAUCUCCAGAUGUGCUGUCCUCUGAAAAAACACUUGAGUUGGCUCAGUUUAAAACAAAAUGUGAAAACCAAAGUGGAUUUAUCCUGCAGCUCAAGCAGCUUCUUUCCUGUGGUAAUACCAGGUUUGAAGCAUUAACGGUUGUGAUUCAGCACCUACUCUCUGAGCGAGAGGAAGCUCUGAAACAACACAAAACCCUGUCUCAAGAACUUGUUAACCUGCGCGGAGAGCUAGUCACUGCUUCAUCUACUUGUGAGAAAUUAGAAAAAGCCAGAAAUGAGUUGCAAAUAGCUUAUGAGGGAUUUGUCCAGAAGCUAAAUCAGCAGCACCAGACUGAUCUAACAGAGCUAGAGAAUCGGCUUAAAGAAUUUUACACCGGGGAAUGUGAAAAGCUCCAGAACAUUUACAUUGAAGAAGCAGAGAAGUACAAAAACCAAUUGCAAGAGCAGUUUGACAACUUAAAUGCUGCCCAUGAAACCUCGAAGCUGGAAAUUGAAGCUAGCCACUCAGAGAAAAUUGAAUUGCUAAAGAAAGCCUAUGAAACCUCCCUUUCAGAAAUCAAGAAAAGCCAUGAAAUCGAAAAGAAAUCCCUCGAGGAUACGCUUUCUGAGAAGCAGGAAUCCCUAGAGAAACAAAUCAAUGAUCUGAAGAGUGAAAACGAUGCUUUAAAUGAAAAGUUGAAAUCAGAAGAACAAAAAAGAAUAUCAAGAGAGAAAGCAAAUUUAAAGACCCCUCAGAUCAUGUACCUGGAGCAAGAGCUAGAAAGCCUGAAAGCCGUGCUGGAGAUCAAGAAUGAAAAACUGCAUCAGCAGGACGUCAAGUUAAUGAAAAUGGAGAAGCUGGUGGAUAGCAACACGGCGCUGGUUGACAAACUGAAGCGAUUCCAGCAGGAGAACGAGGAACUGAAAGCUCGGAUGGACAAGCACAUGGCAAUUUCAAGGCAACUUUCCACUGAGCAGGCCGUGCUGCAGGAGUCCCUGGAGAAGGAGUCCAAAGUCAACAAGAGACUGUCCAUGGAGAACGAGGAGCUGCUGUGGAAGCUGCACAACGGGGACCUGUGCAGCCCCAAGAGGUCCCCCACAGCCGCCGCCGUCCCCUUCCAGCCGCCGAGGAGCUCUGGCUCCAGCCCCAGCGCCUCACCUAGAUGACGCCUUCUCGAAGCUGGGAGACUGUCGGAAAGCGUCCAUCAUAGGUCUGCAGGACUGACCCUACCCACGCUCGCGGGAGCAGGAGCUACAGUAGUGGAUGUGUAGGGACCAUGCUGGAGCUAGAGAGUCGCCGCCCCCCGAGGCUCCAUCUGAGACUGGAACACUCUGGAGGAAGACUUGGACCUCGUCCAAGAGCCCCCUCCCCAAAGACCUCAGAACGGACCCGCAUGGACGGACGGACGGACGCUGUUGCACAAAGCACUUAAGGAACAAGAGGGUCUUGUUCAUUGCCUUUUUCACCUAAACUUAAGGGGGAAAGAAAACUCUCAGGGGCCUGUUAAGAUAAAGAUUUGUAACCUUUAUAAUGUUCUUCACCGCGGACACCUGGGAAUUUUUAUUCUGGGCUGACUGGGGAUGUGUGAGUGGAAUGGAUGCGCAGACUGUCCCGCGCCCUGGAAGGCCAGUGCCGCGCACAGCUGGGCCGGUACCAAUCACAGAAGAGGGUAGACGCACUUCCGCAAAAGCCAUAGGAGGAGGAGCAGUAGUUGCUGGUGUUAAGACUCUCUACCACCAACUCAGCUCAGCCCUUGACAGUGGGGGGGCGGUCAUGACCGGAUGAGCGUGGACCCGUCCCAUCCCUGCGGCUCUGCGUCCUUCUGGAUAGCUUGCCGGCAGGCUCUGUGUUCAGCCACAUCAGUUCAAGCUAGCUACGUUUUUUUCUCUAGGUUUUUAACCUCCCUACUGAACCUAACAUGACACUACAAUCUAUUUUCUCAGGCUAUCAGCAAAUAUAAGAACCCUAAUUUCUCUAAGAAUCUGUAUAAAAAAAAGGGCAGGACUGGUGGGUUUGCUUCUGCCUUAUUUUUACCUUGACCUGAGCUAUCCCCACAGAUUUAAACUGUGUGCUCUCCCAUUAUCUUCAUUCCCCACCCACCUUUCUCUUCUCCAUGCCUCACCCCUUGCCAGAGCCACAAAAGCAAACCUUCUAGCUCCUCCCUUCUCUUCUCUGGGACAAGGAAUGGCUUUACCAGAGCCAGCUCCUCAUCAAGGUGCCAAAACCACUUUCCGAACAAACCAAGGCCUGGAGCUGACAGUACAAAUGUCGGGAAACCCUAGAGAGCGUGGAGAGUAAGGCAUGAGCUAGCAGAGCGGAUCAAGGUAGGAUUCCGUGCUUACAGAUGAGUAGGAGCAGCUCUUUUAGGGCAGUGAUGCAGUCUUUAAUUAAACAUUCUGGGAAGACCGUGGUAAGCUUCCGGGUACUCUGGGAGGGAUCCUGUGUCCCAGAGGAGGUAGCAGAAUGGCCAGUGGGUGGAGCUUGUGAUGUGUCCCGCUCCCUCCAAGUUGCAAUUCAGUUUCUCUUCAGAACUUCUUGCCUCCUCCAAUUCUGAUCGUUUGGGGGGAAGUAGAAGGAAGCACUGUGGCUUUUUCUCCCUCUCCCUGCAUGGCAGUAUUGAGUAACCUGCGUCGCUGAUGUCCAAUGGCUGUACACGUAACCCGGAUGGUGUAAGAACAGAUUCAGGAUACUAGAGGCGGAGAUUUGAGUCAUCGUGUCCAUGGACACUACGGGGCAGGCUGAGAUUCAUGAUGCACGGUUGUUAUCAGUGACCGUGUCUGAAGCCCUUAAUCUCCAACAGUGUACUAUGUAUGUUACCUUCCACGUUUGCUUCUGAUAAACGGGAAUUAGGUUCACUGCCAACUCCUGGAAUAGCUCUCUGCUUGCCGCUUCGGAGUUGUUCUCAGUGCCAUUAGCCAGAGCUGGGUUUGCCCUCGUCUCCUAGGCAUGUGACUCUCGUGCUGGUCCCUGCUGUCCUCCACACUGUUCAGGUGUCCGGGGAAAUCAGUCUUACACAAUGAAUACCAAACGUCUUCAGAGAAUGACAGACAAUAGGAGAGAAGGUAGGAAACAAAACAGAGAACUUUAAGAUUUUUUUUUUCCAAACCAAAUGUUUUUCAUGUAGGAUGCAAAAUGGUGGCACGUCAUAAAAAUAAGGAUGUGUAAACUGUAGUUGUGCUCAGUUUGUAGUGAUGGAAAAUGUAUUUUACUUUGAUCAAAUAAAUGAUGCUGGAAUAUUCACCAUAA